AUCAGCCGCUUAAAAUGUAGAGUACUCCCAAGCAACGUUGACUUGACUUCCCAACUCCCAACUCCCAACUUCCCAAGCCUUUUUAAUCCCAAAGAGGGGAUCAGCAGCUGCAAGUGCAUCAGCAGCGAGUUCCAGCCAUGGCAGCAGACAAGGGAGUGAAGGUGUUCGGCAUGUGGGCGAGCCCCAUGGCGAUCCGUGUGGAGUGGGCGCUCCGGCUCAAGGGCGUCGACUACGAGUACGUCGACGAGGACCUCGCCAACAAGAGCGAGGCGCUGCUCCGGCACAACCCGGUGACCAAGAAGGUGCCCGUGCUGGUCCACGACGGCAAGCCUCUCGCCGAGUCCACCGUCAUCGUCGAGUACAUCGACGAGGCCUGGAAGCACGGCUACCCCAUCAUGCCCUCCGACCCCUUCGACCGUGCUCAGGCGAGGUUCUGGGCCAGGUUCGCUGAAGAGAAGUGCAACGCUGCUCUGUACCCGAUCUUCAUGACGACCGGAGAGGAGCAGAGAAAGCUGGUGCACGAGGCCCAGCAGUGCCUGAAGACGCUGGAGACGGCCCUGGAGGGGAAGAAGUUCUUCGGCGGCGACGCCUUCGGCUACCUUGACAUCGUCACCGGGUGGUUCGCCUACUGGCUGCCGGUCAUCGAGGAGGCCUGCGGCGUCGAAGUCGUCACCGACGAGGCGCUGCCCCUGAUGAAGGCCUGGUUCGACCGGGUCCUCGCCGUCGACGCCGUGAAGGCGGUCCUGCCGCCGAGGGACAAGCUCGUCGCGCUCAACAAGGCUCGCCGUGAGCAGAUCCUCUCGGCGUAGAGAGCACGGUCACUUCAGCUCCCCAGCUAGUACGUUUCAUCUCCAUGGUCCAUGGUUAAACAAUAAGUUCGUCACAAGCACAUUGUGCAGAAGUAGUAGAUGCUCGAAGCAUGAUCCGUCUUAGAGAGACAAACUUAAUGCUCUAUGAUAUGUUAUCCAGUGUACAAUAUUGCCUACUUAAUUAUUUCCUCAAGAGGAAAAAUACAGUACAGUUUUGUACUUUUGUAGUGAUC